GUGUGCGGUGAAUUUCCCACUAGAGAAGGCACUGGGAAAGCCUCUGCACCUUUCCAACCUGGCAUGUCCAAGCCCCCGUCCUACCCUGUUGAGAACCCAGUAGGGCACUCGACUCUUGCACCUUCCCCCUCUGUGCUCAGUCCCCAGACACCAAGUCUCUUGUGUCCCUAAAGAGGGCAUCCAUCCACAGCUAAAGGCUUUCGCCACCUUCUCGGAUUCUCUUGGGCGGCUAUAGCUGCUGCAAGAUGUCCGGUCUCCUUGAUGCACCACCGCUCGGAUGCCAAGAAAAAGCGAGCGCUCCCGGGCGUUGUAAGCCUGGCUUCUUGGGCAGGGCUCCAGCGGGUUCCGAGGGUGUCCCUUCCCGAGCCCUGCAGCAGGCUGGAGACACCGAGGUCGCGCACAGCCAGCGCCGCCGGGUACGCUCCGAACUCCGGGCGCCACCUGCAGCCUCCAGGCAGCCGACUUAGCAGUGUCAGUGCAGACUCCGGCCCGGGCCAGCAGCGGCUGCUGAAUCUUCUGCAAAGAGUUAAGAGCGGGCUGCUGAGGCUCCCGGGGCCUCGCCGGGUCCCCCGAGGCUCCGCCAGCCGCUCCUGAUUGGCUGAUCUCCUGUCAGUAGUAAAGAGGAUCAGAUAGCAAACUUGGGACCUUCAUAAAGGCGUAGUGGCGAUACUCCGCGACCGCUGGCAGCCUAUGACAUCAGUCAGGAACGCCUAGGAUGCGGCUGCUCCUGGCCACCCUGAGAGGAGGAGGGUCCUGCCUGCUGGGAGUUAAUUAGCCUCGCGCGCGGCGAGGGGGGAGGUGCCAGUUUUCUGGGGACACUGGCGGCCACUGUGCGUCCUCCUGCCCAAGGGAGCUCCCUGAGAGUUGGAUGAAUUCUGGGUUGUUAGCUGCUGUCCUCUGGGCUCCCGGGAGCCAGUUUCUGGUGGAAAGCAGGGGGCGUCUGGCCAGCGACCAGCGGCUUGCUGAGACUCACCAUGACACUCCUGGGGUCUGAGCACUCUUUGCUGAUUAGAAGGAAGUUCCGAUCAGUCUUACAGUUACGGCUUCAACAGCGAAGGACCCAGGAGCAGCUGGCUAACCAAGGCUUAAUACCACCACUGAAAAGUCCAACUGAAUUCCAUGACCCAAGAAAAAAUUUGGAUAGUGACAAGACUGAAGAUUCCCUGAGGCGCAAGGGCAGAAACAGGUCUGAUCGUGGCAGCCUGGUUAAUAUGCACAUUCUCCAAGCCUCCACGGCAGAAAGAUCCAUUCCAACUGCUCAGAUGAAGCUGAAAAGGGCCCGCCUCGCAGAUGACCUCAAUGAAAAGAUUGCUCUCCGCCCAGGGCCCUUGGAACUGGUGGAGAAGAAUAUACUGCCUAUGGAUUCUUCAGUAAAAGAGGCUAUAAAAGGUACGGAGGUGAGUUACUCCAAAUCAGCAGACGCAUUUGCCUUUGAAGAGGACAGCAGCAGUGAUGGGCUUUCCCCAGACCACACUCGGAGCGAAGACCCCCAGGGCUCUGUGGGAUCGCCCCCAGAUAUCAAAGCCACUGAGGUUCCUUUGGCUGGCCCUCUGGACACAAUCCAGGAUCUUGGUCCUGGUGCAGAAAGUGACAAGAAUGAUGUGGCCUCCCAGCCAAGCAACCAGUCAGACCCCGGGAAGCAGGGGCUCGGCCCCCUCAGCACCCCAAUCCCUGUGCACGCUGCUGUAAAGUCCAAGUCUUUGGGUGAUAGUAAGAACCGCCACAAGAAGCCCAAGGACCCCAAACCAAAGGUGAAGAAACUUAAAUACCACCAGUACAUCCCUCCAGACCAGAAGGCAGAGAAGUCCCCUCCGCCCAUGGACUCCGCCUAUGCCCGGCUGCUCCAGCAACAGCAGCUGUUUCUGCAGCUGCAGAUUCUCAGCCAGCAGCAGCAGCAGCAGCAGCAGCAGCAACAGCAGCAACAGCAGCGGUUCAGCUACCCUGGGAUACACCAAACACACCUCAAGGAACCAAAUGAACAGAUGGUCAGAAAUCCGAAUUCUUCUUCAACACCAUUGAGCAAUACCCCUCUGUCCCCUGUCAAAAACAGUCUUUCUGGACAAACUGGUGUCUCCUCUCUCAAACCAGGCCCCCUUCCAGCAAACCUGGAUGAUCUCAAGGUGUCAGAGUUAAGACAACAGCUUCGAAUACGAGGCUUGCCGGUGUCGGGCACCAAGACGGCACUGGUGGACAGGCUUCGACCCUUCCAGGACUGUGCUGGCAACCCUGUGCCCAACUUCGGGGACAUCACGACGGUCACCUUCCCUGUCACGCCCAACACCUUGCCCAGUUAUCAGUCCUCCCCGUCAGGCUUCUACCACUUCGGCAGCACGAGCUCCAGCCCACCCAUCUCCCCGGCUUCAUCUGACCUGUCGGCUGCGGGGUCCCUGCCAGACACCUUCACCGAUGCGUCGCCUGGCUUCGGCCUGCAUGCGUCCCCGGUGCCUACCUGCACCGAGGAGAGCCUGUUGAGCAGCCUGAAUGGGGGCUCAGGCCCCUCGGAGCCUGAUGGGCUAGACUCGGAGAAGGACAAGAUGCUGGUGGAGAAGCAAAAGGUAAUCAACCAGCUCACCUGGAAGCUGCGGCAGGAGCAGCGGCAGGUGGAAGAGCUGAGGAUGCAGCUGCAGAAGCAGAAGAGCGGCUGCGGCGACCAAAAGCCGCUGCCCUUCUUGGCCGCCACCAUCAAGCAGGAAGACGUCUCUAGCUGUCCCUUCGCAGCCCAGCCAGUGUCUGGGAAGGGACAGGGCCACAGCUCCGACAGUCCCCCUCCUGCCUGUGAGACUGCUCAGCUGCUGCCCCACUGUGUGGAGUCCUCAGGUCAAAGCCAUGUACUCUCAUCCACGUUUCUCAGCCCCCAGUGCUCCCCUCAGCACUCGCCCCUGGGGACCCUGAAGAGCCCGCAGCACAUCAGUCUGCCCCCAUCGCCCAACAACCAUUACUUCCUGGCCUCCUCCUCCUCGGGGGCGCAGAGAGAGAGUCAUGGGGUCGCCUCACCUAGCAGCAGCCAAGGGUGCGCACAGAACUCAGGUGCACACGAAGGCCAUCCUACUAGCUUUUCCCCGCCAUCUUCCAGCCUCCAUCAACCUUUCUCUGCCAACCAAGCAGACAGCAGUCAUAGUGCUGGGCUCAACCCUUGCCCCAAAAGCCCAGUUAUUCAUCCAAAGAUGACUGGCUUGCAAUCUUCUGACAAGGUUGGACCAAAGUUUUCAAUUCCAUCCCCAACUUUUUCCAAGUCAAGUUCAGCAGUUUCAGAGAUAACCCAGCCCCCAUCCUAUGAAGAUGCAGUAAAACAGCAAAUGACUCGGAGUCAGCAGAUGGAUGAACUCCUGGAUGUCCUCAUUGAAAGUGGAGAAAUGCCUGCUGAUGCCAGGGAAGAUCAUUCAUGUCUCCAAAAAGUCCCAAAGAUACCUGGGUCCUCCCACAGCCCUACCACCAUCCUCUCCAAGCCCUCGGCUUCCUUUGAACAGGCAUCCUCAGGAGGUCAGCUCUCCUUUGACCACUAUGCCACCGACAGUGAUGAACACCUAGAAGUCUUAUUGAAUUCUCACAGCCCCAUGGGAAAAGUGAGUGAUGUUACCCUCCUCAAAAUUGGAAAUGAGGAGACUCCUUUUGAUGGAAUCAUGGAUGGCUUCCCAGGGAAGGCUGCCGAAGACCUCUUCAGUGCGCACGAGCUCUUGCCUGGGCCCCUCUCCCCAAUGCAUACGCAGUUAUCACCCUCUUCAGUGGACAGCAGUGGUCUGCAGCUGAGCUUCACAGAAUCGCCUUGGGAAACAAUGGAAUGGCUGGACCUUACUCCCCCUAGCUCCACACCAGGCUUCAGCAACCUCACCACCAGUGGCCCCAGCAUAUUCAACAUCGAUUUCCUGGAUGUCACAGAUCUCAAUUUGAAUUCCCCCAUGGACCUCCACUUACAGCAGUGGUAAACACCUGAGGUACAAGCGUUAAGGAAGCUUGAUAGGAAUUCCAUGGGGAAAGCACACAACCAGAGAUACUGUGUGAUCCAAAAGAUAAAGGGGGAAAAAUAGGGAGGGGAAAAAAAAAACCAGCAAUGGAGGUUUCUAUGUCAAUCAACCAGAACAAACAGGAGUCAGUCAUUAAGAUAUGCAUAAUGUAAUUUCUACCAACCUUCAGUAACUGUUAAUAACUUGAGUGAUGCACUCAAAAGUGUGCUUUCUCAGGUUAAGAAUGCCAAAAACGUCUUUCACUGCCUUUUCUAGCCCACAGUUUGUCUCAGGCAUUACUGGGACAUAGGUUCACACUACAGUUUGUCUCAGGCAUUAUUGGGGGCAUAAACUCACACUGUUAGCUUUUGUUAUGAAUUUACUAAAUGUUCUGUGGAAGGAAAAUAAAGCCUCUGGGGAGGGCAGGGAAGCCAGUCCCUCGGAGGUUCUGGAAACCAUGCCCUGGUGGAGGCAACUUCCCACAUGACCAGUGUCUAUCCGUCAGAAGAGCAGGGUCCAUUUCAGCUGAUAGAGUCCUUAAGGCAAAAGAAAGGGACAAAACCAAUCCAUUCCAAGAAAAGCAAAGCAACUCAGUGUCCCUCCACCCCCAAAUUGUCCCACUGGACUGGCGGUCCCUGACAGCAGCUAAGUAACUAGCAUUGUCCAGAGAAUCCAUCCAGAACAUGUUACUUUGUAACCAGUAGCCUGAUUGUUUCUGACAUAUCUAUGCUCAUCAGUGAUGUAUAGAAAGUGAGAAACCUGAAUCAAAAAAAACCUCAUGCCGUGGACAUGGAGGCUCUGAAAUAUAACUACCUCUAGUUCCAAAGACUAGAAGUAAAAUAAUCAGAAAGGCAAAGGGAGGCCCAGGAAGUCAUACUGGGACAAGUUAGAAUUAGAGAACAACGUCAUUUCACCUUCUGGGAGAGAAAUACCAUGGAUUUCUAUUAUAGGACUAACAUACAGGGCCAACUUCUUCUCUUCCUUCUUCUCUUCCUCCUCUUUCUUUUCUUUUUGUAUUAUGGGCAGAGGAAGUUCACCUCAGUUUAUCUUCACCUCAGUUUAUCAUCCUCUCACUACUUCCUUUCAAGGGAUCAAACCUUUAUGGCUCUUUUGGUUUUGAUGAUCUCUCUUUCUGUCUGUCUCUCUCUGUCUCUCUCUCUUUCUCUUCUUUCUCCCACACACUGAGAAAGGUGAGAUUCUCAGCUAUCACAAGUUGCAAUACUCCUAUUAAAGCCUUUCCUCUUCUUUUUUUUUUUUUAGAACAUUUAAGAGUCCCAACUCUCUUGCCAAACUCGUUCUUCACACGCCCAUUGGCUGCAAACAGAAUUCACAAGUAUUUCCUUAGGAAGAAACUGGGGAUGUGGCCCAUUGGUCACAGAGCUUGUUUUAUUCUUGUUUGAUUUAUGGACAAUCUUUGGUUUGUGUUGCUCUGGGGAUAUUGGAAAUCGUUAGAGAGUGAAGAUAAAUCAGGGUGACAUCUACGGUGGAGAGCAUUUCAGUCAGGUUUCCAAAGGAAAGCGUGCUUGCACAUUGAAAACAAUGGGAGGCUGAAAGGCCAUAGUCUUUCAGUAGCUCUUCACAGCCCCUGUGUUUGGUCAGGGCCCAGGGGAGACAGAGGAAGGCAACACAGAUUGCAAGAGUCUCUUCCCAGGCUCGCUGUGGCACCAAUUCUAGUAGUUACAAUGUUGCAUGCUAUAGAAAGUAGCUGUUGCUGUUUUUUGUUUUGUUUUAAUUUAAAUCACACAGGCACUGUUUUCUUCUUUUGUAAAAAAAAAAAAAAAUUUCACUGUGCACUUAUAGAGAAAAUAAUCAACAAUGUUGUGAAUUUUUUAGAAGUUGUCUUUUUGAUAAACCAAAGAUUUAGAAAUCAUUCCAUUGUCAACUUGUUAAAAAAAAUGUUUGAACACUGAGUGUUUUUGGUGACUGCUACUCUGAAAGCCACCAGAUCUUACUGUAGGGAAGGAAACACACAGAUGUGCACACACAUGUAGUUCUAUACAUGCGUGUAUGGAAUAUGUGUAUACACACACAUGGACACAUAUGUAUAUAAAUGCAUAUGUGUGCACAUAUCUGGAAGGUGACAUUCAGAGUGCCUUGAACCCUCAGUCUGCUGUGAAUGAUGUGUGGCCUUUCUUACUAUGAGUUGCUUAUUAAUCAACCAGACUACACGUAUAUGCCUGUAUAUGACUAAGGACUCCAGCCCAAUGCUAGUAGCCACUUGCUACCGUGAACAAGCUCCUCCUGGCAAUGAAUAUGGACAUGAGAGGACAGAGCCUGGCAAUGAAUUUAGAUGUGAUAGGACAGAGCAGCUUCGCCGUCAGUGGCUGCCAAGGCUAGUGCCUUCUCUUACAGAGAGUCUAAAGGGAGCAUGAAAUUUGUUCUGACAUUCCUUGAUCUGCAUUGUGCUUGAAAGGGUCUACGUGCUAAACUUUUCAUUGUGUUUGUAUGUCCAUCAUCAGAACCACAAAUCCAGAGACAAAGCUUAGCAUGAAGAUGAAGCUAUGGGGAAAAACCUUGAUUGCCACAUUCCAAACAUUGGUUUGACCUCCGAUGCUGAUGUUUCAUCUGAGUCUGGAUGAAGCUUGCUGCCCUGUGUAUUUUUUAAGCUCCAGCUAUCCCAUAUAUGCUAUCCCCUCCUUGCUUCCUUGGAAAACAAACCCACACAGUGUCCUGCCUCCAAGCCCCUCAUCUGAGUGGUAAUAAUUUUCCCUUUGGGAAUUCCUGCCUGAGCGAUUAGAUGGCUCUGUUUUUUAGCUAGACUGUGGGGGAUUUUUUAAAAUAUUAUUCAAACUGAUACACACACUUCACAGUAGACGAAAGGGAAGAUGGCUCUGGUUUGUUACUGCAAGCCAAAACAUCUAGAGUGGGUCCCUGGAUACUUGGUCUCAGCCUGCUCCCACCAUCUCCCCAGGUCAUGUUUACCCAUCUUCAUAGCACAGAUAGGAGACUGGAGACAACCGAGAGAGGGUUGAUGAAGACGGAUCAAAUACUUGGGUUUAUUCUGCUGUCUUCUAUUUUUUUUUUUAAACUUUAGGUUCUUUUAAACUGUUGUGUCCUCUUGUGGUGACAACAUGAGGUAUGCAGAGAUGGGUGCCCCUGGGUUUAACAGUGUUCCUAGGAGCCCCAAGGGACCACAUGGUUAAGAUGCCUGAAAUAUCCCCAUAGUAAGGAGAGUCUUGGCUACAGAACAGCAGAUUGCACUAGAUCUAAAGGAGUCCAAAUUCCCCCCAAGCUAGAUGCCUCUGCUUCUGACAGUGCUAUCGAGACAAAAGGUAUAGGGAGAAGGAGUGUGCAGGAGUAAGGAAGAGAAGGAAAAGGAGGGGUGGGGAGGACAGGGAGAAAGAAGG